AGUUAUAAUGAAGACAACCGGCUGAGGCAGAAAAAGAAAACUUAGUCCUCGUCCCCUCCGUCUCGGUGUGUGUCCCGGCCGGUCACACCCUGCUGCUGCUGCUGCUGCUGCUCAUCUCGACACAGACCCAUGUGCUGACCAGGAGCUGAUAGUCAGAAAAAUGUUCCUGUACGUCCUUGGACCGGUAGCCAUCUGGUUCCUCUAUCGCUGGUACAAGGAGAGCAAACGAGUGCCCAACAAGGGAGAUAAAUAUGUCUACAUCACUGGCUGUGACACUGGGUUUGGUAAUCGCCUCGCGAGGCACCUGGACCAGCUGGGCUUCCGCGUCAUCGCAGGCUGCUACACUGAGAAAGGAGAGGACGAGCUGAAGAAGACGACCUCCGACAGACUGACGACCGUUCACGUGGACGUGUCCGACUCCGAGAGUGUCAAACAGGCAGCAGCGUCCAUCAAGGAUUUGGUCGGAGAGAAGGGCCUGUGGGGUGUUGUGAACAACGCCGGCGUCGCCUUGCCGUCCGGCCCCAACGACUGGUUCACUAUAGAGGACUACAAGCCCAUGCUGGCCAUCAACCUGUGCGGUGUAAUUGACGUAACUCUGAGCGUCCUCCCUCUAAUAAAAAUGACAAGAGGCAGAGUGGUGAACGUCGCCAGCGUGUUUGGGCGAAUCAGCCCGUUCGGGGGACCGUACUGCAUCUCCAAGUACGGAGUGGAGUCCUUCAACGACAGCCUGCGUAUAAACAUGGCGCCAUUCGGGAUCAAGGUGGCGUGCAUCGAGCCCGGCUUCUUCAAAACAAACGUGACUGAUAUGGGCAUGUUGAAAAAUAACGUGAAGAAGCUCUGGGACAGACUGCCACAGAAUGUGAGGGACGAUUAUGGCCUGGACUUCUAUGAGAGAUCCAUGUCGGAGGUGGAUUAUAAAUUCAAGAAGCUGACUGACGGAAACCUGAUGAAGGUGGUCGGCUGCAUGGAGCACGCCAUCUCCGCCGUUCACCCUCGGUCCCGCUACUCCCCUGGAUGGGACGCGAAGCUGCUGUGGCUGCCUCUGUCGUACAUGCCGACCUGCAUCGUGGACGCGUUUUUCCUUCUAACGGGGCCCAAACUCAAAAUAUCUGACCGGAAGUUUCCGUCAGAUUAGUUACUGAAUUAAAGGGGGAAAAAAAGCACUAAUAUGAAGAUCACUUAGUUUUUUUUUAUAUUGUCACUACAGUAAACGUUUUGCACAUGAAGAUUUGUACCACUGACAGCAUCAUUUUAACAUUGUGUGUACUGUUCUCGAUUUAUAUCUUUGAUCGGACUAUCAUGCUGCCUGAACGAUUGAACAAUCUAAUACAAAUAAACCUCAGGUGAUUACCCUCA